AUGUACGGCUUGCAUUUGCUCACAUGCAUCUGGUACUGGGUGGGAAACGUGCCGGAUGGCUGGGUGCAGGAGCAAGAGUUGAGUGCACAGUCCCUGUCAUCGAUGUAUUUCGCAUCUUUGACUUUAACAUUGUCAAGGCUACCAGCAUCAUCGAUGAAAUGGAACAUGACUCUUCAGACAGAUGGCGAACGAACAUUGGCCAUCGUGGCCACCUUCAUGGCAUUGGCAACGUCAUCGGUUUGCAUCAGCAAGGUGACCAACGUGAUGUCAAGGUGGCAGAGUAUGAGAGAGAAGAGACGCCAGAUUGUUGAAUCCUGA